AUGAUUCUAGGCGUUGGACGCGCAAUUGUGGAAGAACUUGGAGCCCAGGGGAAGCAUGAAGUCAUUCUGUGGUCAAGGAGGGAUCCAUCGGAGCUUAAGAUCCCUGGAGUCAAUACUCUCCAAGUAACGGACUACAGCCAUGAAAAUCUGGUGAAUCUGCUCAAAGGAACUCAUACAGUUCUCGCUUUCUUCAACCCUAUGAGUGAUCCUGGUAGCCAAAACCAGAUCGCAUUGAUCGAUGCGGCUGUGGCUGCGAAUGUCACAAGGUUCGCCCCUAGCGAAUGGGCGGGCAAGGUCCGCUCAGGUAUCAAAAUGUAUGAUAUGAAAUUACCAGUACUUGACCACUUGGAGAACUUGAACAAAGACAAGACGGUUAUCGAAUGGGGUCUCUUCCAGCCCGGUUUGCUUAUGGAUUACCUUGCUCAUCCUUGCCCUCCUUCCAAGCAUUUCGACACGUUCCCUCUUCUGUUCGACCUGGAAAAUGCUCGUGCUUGUUUGGUCGAAGACGGCUCAGCCCCACUCGUUUUUACAAGCUCUGCGGACGUUGCUAAGGUUGUGGCACGUGCUAUCGACUACCCCGGUACUUGGACCGUUGACGGUGGAAUUGUUGGCCAGAGAACCUCCUACAAAGAGGUUGUCCAGACGGCUGAAAAGAUAACCGGCCAAAAAUUCACGAUCUAUACCCUUCGUCCGGAGGACCUGGAACGAGGAGAUUUCAUCUCGCCAUGGGUCCCUGCUUAUGCACCUAAUUUGUCAGCCGAGACUAUGAGAGACGUUGUAGUGCCUUUCAUCAGUGGUUGGGCAUUAGGCAUUUACAGAGGGGUUGCUGAUGUAAGCCCGGUGUGGAAUGAGCGCUUCCCAGAUCUUCACUACGAGACGGUGGAGGAGAUGCUUCGCGGAGCCUGGGCGAGAUUUCAGGCACAAAAGAAAGCGGAGCACUGA